AUGGCGCCACGGGACACUACAUUUAUUACGAUUGUGCUCGCUUCGUUUCUCUCCUGUCCAAGUCAAGUUCUCGACCAUCCAGCAUACCUGCCUGGCUUUUGGCGCUGCAAAUGUCUUUUUACAUAUUAUGGGGGUCCGGCGUUUUUGGGAAUUGCCAAUGUUAGCAUAUUGGCCUUUUGGGAUAUCUCUGCUUGA